GUGUAUUCCUGCGCCUUCUAAAGGGUAGUCAGAGCGGAAAGCGGAGAAAGGAAAGCCCUCGCACCAGUCACUUACUAAGAUCCGGGAAUGGUUAGAGAUUUUAGCGCCGUAACGACCAGCCUAGGCUCAACCACCAAACCUUGAGGAGCAGCAGACACUCAUUAACGCAAUAGUUCCUGUACAGAGUAUAAACACCAACGUUAAGAACUGCGACUAGAGGGGAUUAAAUAAGGAGAGUGACAAUGGGCAUAAUCGAGAGCAAAGAACCUGUUAUAUCAAGGGCAUGGACGCCAGGCCUCUUCGACACAUUCCGCAACAAAUCCGGCCCAACGUUGUACGGCCCGCUGAAAACGCCAGUGACAGCCGACGUUUUGGAAGCUGGUUUCAUCUACGCUAUUGCCAUACUUGCUUUCUCGCUCCUCAUUAUUCUCCCGGGCGUCAGGCACAAAGAAAGAAUCUUCUACUUUGUACGAGUUGUCGUGAGUCUUUGGAUAGGAUCAAUUAUUAUAUUGGCUAACUUUGGGCAAGAAUGGGAGUUAUCCGAGGUCCACACUAAGACCCAGUACCGUGCCGGCAUUAACCACGAGAUAAACGCUAGCAUUAAGGUCGCCAUAGGACUAAGAAGUGUCAAUAUCACAUUAAAAGGAACUCCGGAAAAUCAAGUGAGUGAGACAAUUAACUACAACGAGCGGUUCCACUGGGAUGAAGAACCUGGGUGGCAACAAGGACGAUUUGGCUUUGGACCAUAUUCUGGCUUGGUACAGCGUGAGUUCCGCCGUGGUCAGUACCGUGGUCUACCCUAUCCCAUCUUAUGGGUGGCCGAGUACUUCACUCUGGACGGGGAAGGAAUACGGUGGGGGCGACACUACAGACAGGCGGGCUUUUAUAGUCAUAUCAUGCUCUGGUUAGCGUUUCCUCUGUGGAUCAUUUGUAACAUCUUGUUCUUCAUGGUCAUUCGGUACGGCAGCUAUUUUCUGUUCUUUACGGGGAGCUGCAUGGUCUUGGCCAACAUCCUUUACGCCAGUAUACGAAACCCUACAGAACUUGUGAUACCUUGGGAGGAGGCAGUGAUGGAAUUUCAUUAUGGAUGGUGUUUUUGGCUUUGUUUGAUAACAGGAGUUCUCAGUAUCGUCUUCUCCAUGAUAAUACUGUUCAUGGACUUAAGGUUUCCGAGUGAAAUAUCAACGUUUUUUGGAGUUGAUGUUUUGCAAGAUUGGGAAGAAUAUUAUGCUGAUCCCGAUCAAGACGACGUGAACCGGAAAGCCUUGCGCAUAAGCAACAAAGGACUGAGGCAGAAAGAAAAUGGUGAAAGCAAAGAAGAACUUACGACGAGUUACCUCCCUAUGUCGUCUGGGUCACCAAAUGGCACCAACGAGGACGACGCUUCGGACGACAAUGUUUAUGAAAACCCUGUAUCCGCACCAGUUCCCAAGUUCAGGAAACGAGCUGCCACAAACACCCAACGCUUCCAGAAAUCCCGCAGAAAACCCCGCCCAACGCCCCGUGAAAGUCCCGCCGGACAAGACAGGUCACCCCGGGAGGAUGACCAUCACACCACUUUCCUUAGCAUACCAGAUUCUGCUGCUAUUGAAGAAUCCGAGGAACCAGAUGAUGAGUACGAGAAUGUGGUACACGCCAGGUACCAACCAGCUGGAACAGAGGACGUUUCAAUCAGCAUAGAAAAGGUGCCCCCUAGACCCCCAAAACGGACAUCGUAGUUGCUUCGAGGACAGCCUAUGGAAUCUUUCAUUAAUUCUGUAAAUGGCAGAUAGAGCUACCAAAGCAAGAUAAUAUCUAGCCUUGAUUUGAUUUUUUUUAAAGAAUUCCGGCUUUAUGAUUCUGUUUUGAGUUUUCUGCGUAAGAUCGGAGAAAAAAGGAGAAAGGCUGUGAUGCAUAUUUAAUAUGGACUUGUAGUAUAUUCUGAUGCAGUUAAAACGGGGGCGUCUCGAUAGUCCGAAGGUUCAUUGGUCCGAAAAACGGUAACAUUUUCAUCGGUUUUUUAAUCAAGGG